AUGCAAAAGGGUCAUACCAACUAUUCAGAGCAUGAGGACGAAGAAGAGAAAAAUGCCCCUGUUGAGGGGGAAGUGGAUAAGGAGAUGCAGGAUGCUGACGACAUCGUCGAAGACAUAUCUGAUGAUGGCUCUCCAAAAAUUACAAAUCCAAACACUGAUAGUCUAGAUGACAAAGAAGAAGAGGAUCAGUCUAUGUCCUACCUUCUCAUAGAGCCUAUUGAGGACGAGGAUGAGAAACAGGAUCAUGAACCAAAGAACGAGCAAAUCAAAGACAUACCCAUGACCAAAAUAACUUCUGAUGGUGCCAAAAGGACUACAGUUCCUUCGACCGAAAAUACUGAUGCCCUAUCUUCAGAAGAACUUGAGGCGCUGAAAAAGAGCAAACCAGUGAAAUACCUGAAGGCCAUUAUCAUUGCAAGGGGUAGUUCAAUUGAGAAAAGCCCUAGUACUUCGACAGUGUCAGGUGGCCAAUCUACCAUCAAAUCUGGUGAUGAAUUGCUCCUGAAAAUCAAAGAAAAUUCCUUCGAUGUUGAUCUUCUCCAACUCUUGGAGAACGACACCACUACCUGCUUUGGGAUCAAAGAUCUUCUGAAACAAGCUGACAUCUUGAAUGCUUCCCUAGAAGUUGCAGACAUAAUCAUGGAUCUGGGAUUGAUGAUCGAUCAAGUUGUUGCUGAACUUAAUCGUAUAAGGGAAGCUUCGAACAAAAUCCACGACAAACUAGAGACCCAAGCAGCGGAAUGGGACGCCACCGCUGAAUCUAUUGCAAAAGUGGCAGAAUUGGAGAAGGGCUCUGAGAAGAACAAAAAGGAGGUCGAAGCUUAUGACAAAAACAUUCAGGCUUGGGAGCAAUAG